UAGCCCUUUCGUCCCCGAGGUGAAGAGGGAUGCUCAGGACACAGCCGUUUGGGUUUGAAUGCAGGCUGCACCAGUGCACUAAGACCUGGGCCUCGAUUUGCCCCACGAGGCACUGUUUGAGGGGUUACCGAGAACAGUUGCGCUAACCUCGAAACACAGCAAAUGCUCGGUAGGUGCCGUUGUCAUCGUCCCCAGUCCUGCCCAGGCAGUCACCCGCUCCAUUCCGCACUUUGAGAGGGGGUGGGAGGUCCCUGCGCUCCCGUCGGCGCCCCAACUACCGCUGUCACGGACGCAGUCGCGACAGCGGCGGUGCAUUGUGGGGCUUGUAGGACGGGACUGGGUUGGGUGGGUAGGUGGGCGCGGCCACAGCAGUCACAGCGGGGCCAUCUUCGGCGUGCCGGCUGGCCUGGCCUGUGCAGCCCGCACCCGCGCCCUGCGCCCGGCCCGAUGGCGCCGCGGCCUCUGAGCCCCUUAGUGCUGGCGCUGGGCGGCGCCGCGGCCGUGCUCGGUUCGGUGCUCUUCAUUCUCUGGAAGACCUACUUCGGCCGUGGACGACAGCGGCGCUGGGACCGCGGCGAGGGCUGGUGGGGCGCGGAGCCUGCCCGCUUCCCCGAGUGGGACGAGUGGGAACCCGAGGACGAGGAGGACGAGGAGCCGGAGCUGGAGGAGUUGGAGCAGCGCGAGGUGUUGGUGCUGGGGCUGGAUGGCUCCGGGAAGAGCACGUUCCUGCGCGUGCUGUCUGGAAAGCCACCGCUGGAAGGCCAUAUCCCCACCUGGGGCUUCAACUCCGUGCGGCUGCCCACCAAGGACUUCGAGGUGGACCUGCUAGAGAUCGGUGGCAGCCAGAACCUGCGCUUCUACUGGAAGGAAUUUGUGAGUGAAGUGGACGUGCUGGUGUUCAUGGUGGACUCGGCUGACCGGCUGCGGCUGCCCUGGGCUCGGCAGGAGCUGCACAAGCUGCUGGACAAGGACCCUGACCUGCCUGUCAUCGUGGUGGCCAACAAGCAGGACCUGGGCGAGGCCAUGAGCGUGGUGGAGCUGCAGCAGGAGCUGGGCCUGCAGGCCGUCGCCACCCAGCGGGAAGUCUUCCUCUUGGCAGCCAGCAUCGCCCCGGCAGGAUCCGGCUUUGAAGACCCUGGCACCGUGCACAUCUGGAGGCUGCUCUUGGAGCUUCUCUCCUAGGCUGGCACCGCCUGCCCACCGCCCAGCCCUGGGGCCCCGUUCUGCUGUUCUUCCUUCUUUACCAGCCUGGGCCUGGGGCGGGAACCACAGGCAGCACUUCGCUUCUCCCCUCCUUGCCUUCCCAUGAGCAGGGCCUUUGCAGAAACCUUCCUGGUGAGAUGGUAUGAGGCCGAAGUGGGGAGGUGGGUGAGGCAGAGGGCGGGUGAGGAUGGUGCCUGGCUCAUUCUGGGCUGGUGGUGGAUCCAGCUUUCACCAGUGAAGGCCCCCUCCUCUGACCUGUACACGGCGAGGUCCUCCCUCCCUGCAGGUCCUGAGGGUGGAGGACCAGUGUAGGUGUCCGAAGUACUUCCGGUUCAGACUGUUCGUUCCUGGCAACGCCACGCCCCUCACGUGGGCAGGGUCUGGGCGUACGCAGUGAGCCUUGGCUCCCAGUCCCACUGUCUUGCAGCCCCAGCUCUGCCCAGUGGGCUGUGGCCUUGUGCGGUCUCUCGCUCUCUGGCCCAGGGCCAUCAUUUUUAAAGGAAGGGGAUUUCUGUGUUUUUUUCUAUCUCAGAGAUGCAUUUCCCAGCCGGGGGGAUUAGAAGUGCUAGGACGAACCUGAAGACUAUAGCAAGCUUUCUGAAACCUCCCUGCUUCCGCCAAGCCAAGGCCUGGCCUGCCAGUCUCUUGUGGCUACAGAUUAAGUGGUAUUCGUGCCCUAAUAAGAGAAACUGAAGUCUUUCCGCGCCCCCCCCCCCCCCGCAAUCUGGAGACAGAAGCUGCUGCUCUUGCAUGAACUGUGCCAAUGCCCAUGUUUACAUAAGUGGGGGAGGAAAGAGUCCAUGUCCUUGGGAAGACUCGACCAGAGCUGGGCGUUGGCCUCAGAACUGCCUUGUAAUUAUUUAUUUAUUUAUAAAAGGAACAGGCCGUAGAUUUAGGCCGUUUCCAGGUGCUGUAAUCCAAACCCCAGGUGAUUGUCUUGAGAAAAAUAGGUGGAAUCAUGAACAAAGUGAUAACCUCCCCGUGUCGCUGGAGACAGAGCUCUAGCUUCCCCAGCCCUUUGUGGCUCCAACUGGUAUCGUAGUACUUCCCAUUGAUCCACAUGAACAUUUAUGUGAAAGGGACACAAACCCCUUCUGUGUGGAUAACAAAUGGCUGGGAGAGGAAAUUUCAAUCACGUAAAUCCAGGUAAAAAGAAAUGGGGAG